AUGCCGCGAGAGGACCCAGCGCAAGUUACCGAUGGUGACGUUUGCCUGGAUUCGCCAAGCGGGGCCUAUCGCCGGGAAGACACCCGCAGCGCCCCGCUAUUGGACCUCGCUGGCCGCAGUUCGCUGCAUUCGUUCGGGUACACCAUAGACGACUUCGAUAUAGGUGGAAUCGUGGGUGACGGUGCGCACGGUCAGGUGUUCCUGGCACGGGAAAGACGCACGGGCUUCAUAUGUGUAAUCAAGUGUAUCUCCAAGGCUCUGCUCGUCGGGAGCAAGCAGGAGUCUAUUUUCAAGCGGGAAAUAGAGUUACACAGCCAUCUACGGCACCCCAAUAUCGCAAGCAUCUUCACCUGGUUCGACACGGAGUCUAUGGUCUACAUUGUGCUCGAGUACUGCUUCCAUGGAGACCUCUAUACGCAUCUGAAUCUGCAUGGGCGGCUUCCAGAGCAACGCGUGGCUGAGAUCCUUUUCGAGGUCACAUGGGCCAUUCGGACCUGCCACGACAAGCACAUCGCGCACCUGGACAUAAAGCCGGAAAAUAUCUUGCUGGACCACAACCUCAGCUGCAAGUUGGCUGACUUCGGUCUGUCGGCACAUGUGGGCAGCGGCGGCGGCGCAGUCAGCCACAUAAGGGGCACCUACGACUACUGGUCCCCGGAGCAGUGUGCAUGCAAGUACAAUAUCAAGGGGAAAUUCGGCGAAUACAACCACAAAAGCGACAUCUGGGCGUUGGGGGUACUUGCUUUCGAGCUGUUCUUCGGAGGGCCACCGUUCGGGUCGACGACCGAGGAGCCCGUCAACCAGGUGCUGGAGCGCAUUCAAACCAACGCGUGGUACCGCAUUCUGGUGGAGAAGUAUGGCCGUAGCCGCCUCAACGAGGCAAGCCGCGAGUUCAUCAAGUUCUGUGACAUGUGCUUUGAAAAGGAUGCGCGCAAGCGGGCGGACGCUGCCACCGUGCUGGAGCACCCAUGGCUGCACUCGCGCAACGCUGAACGAUACCGUUCAAGCGUGUUCUUGAACCAAGUACGCAAUCAUGCAGUUGACGACACUCAUUCCGCGUAA